AUGGCCAACCCCAUCCACAAGCUGGCCCUGUGGGCGCUAGAGCUCCACAAUGCAGGCCAGCACGACCUCGCGCUCGCCUGCGCCAACGAGCUCGCCGCCGCGAACCCGCGCUCCGCGCUCGCUCUCAACCUCGUCGGCACCCUCCACGUCCACGCCUCGGCCGUUCCCUGGAACGAAAUGGCCACCACCGUAUCCGCGUCCGCGUCCGCGUCGCACCACUACCGCGCCGCCCUCGCCGCCUUCUCCGCCGCUGCCCGGAACGCGCCCAACUGCGCCACGACCGCCAUCGCCCACGCCGAGGCGCUCGCCGCCAACCGCCGCCUCUCCGACGCGCAGGCGGAGCUGUUCCGCGUCUUCAACCCCGGCACCAUCUACGCUGAUCCGGCGGACCACCACGUCGAGGUCGGCGGCCACAACCCCAGGGCGAGGAUGCGCGACGCUCUGGGCCAGGCCGGCGCCGUGCUGCGGGAAGUAACGGCCAUCAUCGACAACAUAAUCGUGCCCCGAGAGGCCGGGGAGCUGCUCGGCGGGGACGCCCCCGCUGCCGAUCAGGUGCGAGCGCGCGCGAAGCGUCUCGCCGAGAGGUUCCCGUACUCGGUACGCGCCCGCUUGCUCCGCGUCUACACCGAGCUGGAACGAGUCCCUGCCCUCGACCUGGCGGCCGACAGGAGGCGGCUCCUGCGCCGCGCUCUCGCCCUGACCUCUGAAGCGGCGGGCAACUUCGCCGACUCCGUCCUGAUCGCCUUGUUCCACGCCAAGGUACUGUUCGCCCUGGACGAGUUUGAUGGGUCGGAGAGGGAGUGCCGCCGAGCACUUUGCAUCCAGGACCCGACUGACCCCAAUUCGGAGGACAUUCCUCCUGCUGUGACUGUUCCUGGCGCGGACUGCGAUGCCAGAGUGUCUUCUGUCAAGAAGCAGCUCCGUGUCUUGCUCAAGCAGAUCGUAGUUGCGGCUGCCGUAUGCUGGUGCUCUAUCAAAGCCACGCAAGACCGCGACAUGGUUGACAGGGCCAGAUCAGGGAGGGUUGACAGGGUCUUAUCAGUGAGGGUUGACACGCUGCAGGGGCACUACGAUAGAAUCGACAAGUCCGCAGCCAAGACCAUAUCUGAUGCACUGCGCUUUCGCAAGCAGCAGGGUUCAUGGAGUUUCUUGGUUUGCCCCAAUGUCCGUUGUGAUGGCAAGAAGUUUGUGAACGCGCAAUCGCUCUGGCAACACAUGAGCAGCAAGCACCGAGACGAGCUCUGGAAGAAGCUGCUGUCAAUUUUAGGUCCAGAUAUCUAUGAAGAUACACCAAAGCAUGAUUACUUGUUGGAUGGGGUAACUCUCAGUCAAGAUUCAGACCAGCAUGACAUCUUCCACUUACCAAGGGUGCAAGAUAUUUUUGAAUCCUUGCUCCUUUCACCAUCUAUUGGAAUCCAAGCAGAACCCCUUGCUGAAAUGCGACAAAGGAAAUGCAGAGAAGGAGCGAAGAUCCUUGAGGACAUUAAGGAGGAGCUGAGGAUGUUGCCUGAAGAUAGCACUGAGUUUGAGGAGUUUCGUUUUGCAAUCCAGAACUUGUGGCUUGAGUUCCUCGAAACUUCUGCUCUCGAUUAUCGUGAAAUCAUCCUUCCCCUUGCGAGAUCGUUCCAAUGGAUACAAAUGAAAAAAGUGAUUGAUCUUUCCACCAAGGAUCUUGGUAGGAUUAUUGGUUGUGCCAGUAUCAACAUUGUAUUCGGCAAAGUUCCUGUUUCCCCUGGCAGGAUUGUUUCUGUGGAACAUGGCUCAGAGCCCUCACACGCCAACAAUACUGACCAUCAAAGUGGUGACGACACACAGGCAGAAAACAUACAGCCAUCAUGCUCAGACGAGACACUUAAGGAUGGCGAAAAACGUGAAGAAAGUGAGGUUCAUAUUGUAGAUAGCAAUUCUGAGACCAUGGUAGACCAAAGAUCUUCGGAUCCAACACUUGACGUUCACGAAAGCGGGAUGAACUGUGCUGCAAGAAUUGCAGAGGUGGAACUAGAAAACAAAGAUAAUAUAGGAACAUCUAGCCAAUCUAUCAAGGAAAUGGCAAGCACCUCCAGCUGUCAACGAAGUCUUAAUGCUUUCAACAAGAACAAUGCUGAUAAAGGCCUGUCUAUCUUGAGUCUAAUCAUACGGUCAUUGUGCAAUCUGAGGCAUUUCAGAGAUAAGUUUCUAACUGAGCCACUUGCAUGGAUCCCGUCUGCUGAGAAUAUCUGUAUUGCUCAGCAAUUAUAUGAAAUUUUCAUUUCUUGGGAGAAAAAUGACUACCACCUAGAGGAUGUUGUUCUGACUUACAUGAAGACCCUUCUCUGCAGAGUAGAUUGCACCCUUUUUUCUGAAAAGUUGCAGGUUGGGAAUUUUUUUGCCUCUGAGAUUGUGGCCACAAUUCUCAUUGGAUUGCAUAUGUCAGAAACUUGUUCACGUUUUAGUUUAAGAAAGGAGACCGAGAAACAUGUGGUGAACCCAAUCACGUGUGGAGAUUGCAUAUGCCCAACACAUAAUCUUUUUGGGAUAACAUUUAAUGUGGAAAUGAGUUGCAAGUGUGGGGAGUGUUCUGGUGAAUACCCUUAUACUGCACUUUUCCAUAUACUUGAUGCUGGUUCACUUCAAACAACAAAGAUCAAGUCCUUUGCAGAGCUUCCAGUUAUAUUGGAUGAACAGUUCUAUAAGGAGAACAGUUGCGAGAAUUGUGGAAUUCCGCAGAAGAUUGAUCUCUUUCUUUCAAACGCACCACACUUCUUUACAAUAGUUUUGAAGUGGCUUGGUAACAAUGAAAGCCCGGACACACUCUCUGAAGUCCUGGCCAACAUCACAUCCCCCCUUGACAUUGAAUUCUUUUGCAAAAGUGCUCAUUCUGGAACUAUGUAUAGUGUCACAUCCAUGAUUUGCAAUGUUGAUGAGCGCUAUGUCUGCUUUGCUCGCGACAAGGACAGGUGGCUCAUACAUGACUUUGAGACUGUCGAGACAGAAGAUACUUGGGAGCAUUUGCUAGAACGUUUCAGGGACUGCAAGCUCCAGCCUGAAGUUUUAUUUUUUGAGGUCAUCAAGUAGACUGAUGUAUAGCUUUGCAGAAUGCAAAACCUGUGUCAGAUGAUUAGACCCAAACUUAGACCCAUCUUUUUUUACUUGUCAUCGAUCUGAUCUGUCCAUGGAUUAGUCCCUCGGACAUCAAAUUACAGAUGAAUUCCUCA